CUGAGGCCUAGCCAGAGGCCUCGGUAGGGGCCCGGGCGGCAUGGGCGUGGGAAGCCCGAGGCCUGGCCCUAGCCGGCACCGCCGCCGGCGCGGCCCCGUGGAGGCCGGAAGCCCGCCGUGACCCCGCUGACCCAGGGUGUUCUCUGUUUGCACUGCACAUCGGGGAAACCGAAAGUGCCGAGGAGGCGCCAUCAUGGAUGCACUAAUAGAAGAUGACAUCUGUAUUCUGAACCAUGAAAAGACUCAGAGGAGAGAUGCUGUGACUCCUAUGUCAAUCUAUACAGGAGAUGAAUCUAUGGCUUCACAUUUUGCCCUUGUCACUGCAUAUGAAGACAUCAAAAAGAGACUUAAGGAUUCAGAGAAGGAAAAUUCCCUCCUAAAGAAAAGAAUAAGAUUUCUGGAAGAAAAGCUUCUUGAAACACGAUUAGAUGAAGAAACCAGUUCAGUGGGAAGAGAAAGAGUAAAUAAGGCCUAUCAUGCUUAUCGGGAGGUCUGCCUGGACAGAGAUAAUUUGAAAAGCAAAUUGGACAAAAUGAAUAAAGACAACUCUGAAUCUUUGAAAGUAUUAAAUGAACAGCUACAGACUAAGGAAGUAGAACUCCUCCAGCUCAGGACAGAGGUUGAGACUCAGCAAGUUAUGAGGAAUCUAAAUCGACCUUCAUCAAACUGGGAGGUGGAAAAGUUGAGCAGUGGCCUGAAGAUCCAUGGUUUGGAACAGGAGCUGGAGCUGAUGAAAAAAGAAUGUAAUCGUCUAAAGGUGGAGCUACAGAAAGCCAAACACAAGGAUCAGUCUCAGGAAGACAAUCUCAAUAAAACUGACUUCCAAAGGCCAAGCAUUCCAAGUGAUAACAUCCAUCAUGCCUACCGGGAACUCAAGAGAGAAAUGUCUAAUUUACAUCUUGUGACUCAAGUGCAAUCUGAACUAUUAAGAAAAUUCAGAACUCCAUCUACAAUCAAGAAAGCUUGUGCUCCAGUCCAGUGUGUUGAAGACCUCGUGAAGGACUGUACAAAAUUACAUUUGACAUCUUUAACUGCGACCUACAAAAGACAUGCUCCUCUUUCACCAAAUGGCAAAGUUCUCUGUAGUCCCAUGGGCUCCCCUUUGCCUGGAGAUACAAAGAUUUUAUUAGAGAGAGCCAGUCUCCAGUCAUGGGCAGAUAAUGAGAGAGUCAUUCCAAGUGGUGGCACGAACUUUCAGGAACAGAAUUCCUGUGGCAGAAGUUCUUUAGAAGAUAAUUCGUGGGUAUUCCCAAGCCCCCCAAAAUCCAGUGAGACAGUAUUUGGGGAAAGUAAAAGUAAAACAUCUUCCUCUAACCUGCAUCACCUGGAUCAACACAAUCAAAACUGCCUUUACAAGAACUAAUUCAGAAGACAGUUGUGGCCUCUUGGAAGAGCUGUCAGCAUUGGGAGGGACCUUUCCUGGCGGAUGAACUGAAAGUAGAUUUGGAUGAUUCCAUUGUGGCAUAGUGUUCUGUGACCAUCCUCAAUUUCCAGUACACUUGAAUUUGCACAUAUGGUCUUGCAGUUAUGUAGAUAAGGGUGUUUCUUUCAGUGUAGAGUAAAACAGCUAUGCUAACCAGCUCUAUUUUAGCUCAGUAGAGACACAUGCACUACUUAAUAAACAACAGAGAUUCCCUUAGUGUUUUUAAAAGACAACUCUACCUUUGAUAACAGUUGCUGUAGAUUUAGGCAUCUCAGGUAAAGAAAAAGGAUAGAACUAGUUUUGGGGCUUGAGAUCAGAAAUAUAGACCCAAGUUUUAUAAAGUGUGUAAAUCAUAAAUGUAUUCACUCCCAAGAAUAGAAAGGUUGAUGGGAGUUUUGGUUCAAAUCAUGUAAAUUAUAUUUAAAAAAAGACUAAGGGAACAAGCAACUAAUAAAAUGUAUUUCAAUUCCCAUUGGUCUUUUUAUGAAUAUGUAUAAAUUGUGAAAAUGUUAGUAUAGAAUAACCGUUCUUUGGAUAGCCCAUUUCGGUCUAACAUUUGAGUUCAAAUUUUUUGAAUUAAAAUUGCUUACUAAGCCCAAUGGUGCUUAUUACUGUAAGAAUUAAUUAAGAGAGAGAAAGAGAAAAUUAUUCGGGACACAAAUCAAAAUUGGAAUGCCCCUGACUGGCCAACUAAGGAUCCAUUUUGGAAUUUGAACAGUGAGGAAGGUUACAACAAACUAGUCAUAGCAAGGCAGGCAAUAUUAAAAACAAUGAGGGAGUGCUCAGACAGGCCAGGGACUUGGACAAAAUUUGAGAAACUGAGGCAGGAGAGUGGAGAAACUCCCUCUACAUUUCAUGGACAGGCUUAUCGAAAUGGGAGAACGGUAUAUAGACUUGAACAUAACGAAAGAAAGGGAUAUAUGCCAUUUAAGGAGACAGUUUGUAAAAAACACUUGUACAGUGGUUAAGAACUAUUUCAGAUUGCAAUGCCCAGACUGGAACACUAUGGAACUGGAUGAAUUAAGGUGUGUGGCGAUGUAUAUUUUUAAUGCAGACAAGGAAAGAUAUGAUGAGGGAAGCAAUAAACCGGUAGAAGAGCUAAGAAAUGAGAUAAAAGAUUUAAAAUUCAAAUUGAAUAAGGUGGAAAAAGGCGAAACAAAUGUGGGGUUGACUGCUGUUAGGGAAUAUAGACCACCAAGAAGAUUCAGUGAUCAGGGACCUACAUGCUGCUUAUGUGGGAAGAAAGAAUGAGAGACCCCAGAUGUUGGGGUCAAGUGUUUAGACAAAAUGGGAAUAAUUUUAGAGGAAAUUACUUUUGGUACAACAACGGUUUUAGAAAUGGCAGUAGGUACAACCGAGGCAAUGGGUAUGGAAAUGGGUACCAAGAUAGAAGGUAUGGGUACAGUGGAUACCAGGAUAGAUCGUUACCAGGGGAAUAACCGAGCUGAAACAAUUCAAUCACAAAAUUAUUUAAGAAAUGGUGCACGUCCAAAAAUAUUCCCAAGUUCUAAAUACAAAUACCCAGAGACAAGAAUCCCAAAAAGGAGCACAGGCUAUGUUAUGAAGGUUUACUAGAGGAGGCAGAACUGUAGAAACUGAGUAAGAAAAACUUGAAGCACAUAAUUUAGAGAGCGAAGAACAGGCUGAUGAAUAUGUUUCCCGAUCCUGAAAUAGUGACACCAUAAUUCUUAAUUACCAAAGUACUAGGAUGGUCGCCGUUACUUCUGUGUGAUUUUAAUUCUGUUUAUAACCCAGACCACUCAGUCACCGGAACCAGUGGAGUUCAAUAGCUCCCUAGAGCAUUCAACUUAAAAGUAAGAUUUUUUUUUAACUAUUUAAAAAAAAAAAAAAAGACAAAAUAAUUGGAAAGCUUUCUUUUUUUUUUUUUUUUGGUGGGAAAACUACCCCUUACUAAUUGGGUAAUAGAUGGAAUCAGGUAGAAAAUGUUUUACAAUUUCAGACAUAUUGGUAUGUUAAGAGGUGCAUGUGAGUAUUCAAAUGUGUGUGUAACUGGUGAAAGGAAUAAAUUGUCCCCAAGUGACCACACUAGCUGCCUUUUCUUUGGUAAAGCAGUUUAAUUUUUAAAUGGCAACACAUUAACCUCAUGGAGAAAACUUCAAAUUGAGUGAAGAAUCACUCAUUAAUGAAGGAAUUUUUGUGGAGUUGCCAGAGUUUGGGGCAAGUGAAAACUGAACAGUCCCUUCCCAAGGAUGGAGCAAAGAGCUGGCCUUCCAGGAAGCUUAAAGGUAACCUGUACUGUGUAUCCUCUCCAUUCCUUGUAACUGAUGCCACGCGGACAUCUUCCUCACAUAGACACCUUUUUGCCUUUGGGAUCUUGAGUGUUCCAUGUAGAAUUCUAGCAUUCCCCCCCCCCCCACCCCUUCCCUUUUUAGUAUUAGGCAAUUUUGUGUUUUUUUUGUUUUUGUUUUUUUUUUAACUCAAAAGAAUUCCUCAAGCCUCCUGCUGUAUUACUGAACAGCAUACAUAAACAAAGAGCAGAUAUUGUUUGUAUCUUUCCAUUAUCUUGCUCACGUAGAGUGGCUUGUCUGUGAUUAAUGGAAAUGGUGUCAGAUGCUGGAAUUUAUUCUGACCAAUGAACACAGCAGACUCAAGGGAGUACAAUCUCUUGCAAAGUAAUAGAACAAACCCAAUAUGCAUAAAACAAAUACAAGUCACUGGGCUUUAGCGGAUAGAACCAACUACCUGUGUAAUAACAAAGUGGCAGAAACUAUUUCUCAUGUGGCUGCAUAGACUGUCUAUUAUGUCUGAUCUCUAAUGUAGCUUACUGGUGUUGCUUUUCCUUAACCUAAAUUGAGUCUCUUCUUUUUUCUUUUUAAAAGUAGUCAAUUGGGAGAGAGACUGGUUUGGAGAACAUUCUGAACAAUAUAAAGAUGAAAUCCUAUUGUUUGAUCGAAAUAAAUUAUUUUUGUUUGAAAUAUGACUGGA